AACACUAUAGAGUUUGACCGACAGACAGACAGGAAGAGAGACAGACAGCUGGUGAGACAGACAGGGAGGGAGUCCAGAGAGAAGUGAGGAAAGACUGAGUUUGAAUUCUGAGAGGGUCGAGUUGAGGAUGGACAUGAGGCAGAGAAGAGACGACGGACAGAAGAGAUAACGUUUCUGGAAAAAUUUAACAAGUUACUGUCCGGCUGUUUUAUUCUCCAGCUUCGAUUUUCCAGAAGGACUCGUUCUCAUCUGAAGACCUUGAAUACAAACAAAGAAAAGGGAUAUUUUCUGGAUCGUGAAUAUAGACACACAUCUUCUACCUCAGCCUCAGGAUUAUGGUGGUGCGUGCUCCGUCUGGGGAUGUGAAUGAGGAUCAAAAUGCUGAAAUGUAAAAGUUAUCUGUGCUGCCUGUGGUUCUCCUCACUGCUGCUGCUGCUCCGGGAACUGAGCAGUGCAGCUCCCACAGAGGGUCAGACCAUCACAUGUAACAUCUCCGUGACCAAACCGGAGUCCGGCCUGGACUCUGUGUCACUGACCGUUAACACACCUGGACUGAACUGCUCCUUUACGCUGACGUCUCCUGACGCCGGAGGAGACGGCGAGUGUAGCAGGAGAGGAGACGAGGAGGUGAUAGAGACUAAUGAGAUCGGAGGAAGGGAGCGAGGCGAGGAAGAGGAGGUGAAGGAGGAGACGGGAGCGAACUAUCUGGAAACCAACCAGCUAGGAGUCGAGGGUGGAGGAAGCAAGGAGGCGGGAGAUGUUUUCACCUGUGUGUUGGAUCACCUGGAGCCUGGAACCGCCUACGAGCUGCAGGUCCGGUCCCAGAGAGACGAGGAGACGGCGAACAUCACCCUGCACACCAGGCCGUCAGCGGUGAGCGGCCUGGCGGUGACCUCCAGGACCAGCAGCAGCCUGGGUCUUUCCUGGCAGGCGGGCCCAGGACGGACGGAGCGCUUCAGGCUGCAGCUGUGGCAUCACGCAGGUCUGCUGAGGAACGAGACGUUAGAGAGCACGGCGACGCAACACACACUCCUCGACCUGACGCCGGGACGACUGUACAACGUUACCAUGGUGACGGAGGCUGGCGGGCUGCAGAACAGCGAGACGGCGGAGGCUCAGACAGUUCCCUCGGCGGCCUCCAACCUCACCGCCGGCUACAACAACGGCACAAGCUUGUCGUUGUCAUGGAAACAGCCCGAAGGCGACCUGGACGCGCUCGUCGUCACCCUCUCGACCAAUGGGACAAGCCGUUGGGAGGCGACGCUUCCUCCGAAUGCCACAGAGGUCGCAGUUGAGCAGCUGACUCCCGGCUCGGCCUAUCAGGUCGCGGUGACGUCGAGGAGCGGGAAGCUGACGAACCAAUCAGCAAUCACCGUCAGGACAGCUCCGGCGGCAGCGUCCCUCCUCUCCCUGUCGCCCUCCUCCUCCGGGGGCCUCCUCCUGUCUUGGACGCCCCCCGCUGGCCGCUGGGAGAGCUACAAGCUGUUCCUGUUUGACGGCUCCCAGCAGUUAGUCAGCGCCGCUCCGGACCGAGAGGCUGCCAACUUCAGCUUCCCCGGGACGGGACUAACUCCUGGAAGGCUGUACAGAGCUGUGCUGAGGGUGGAGAGUGGAGGACUGACGGCUGAGAGCAGCUGUGAGGGAGCAACAGUCCCGGCCCCGGUGGCGGACCUCCACAUUCGACACUCGGACGACACCUCCCUCAGCGCCAUGUGGAGCCACGCCCCCUCUGGGUCACGGGACGGCUACUUCCUGACGCUUCGCCACGGAAACGUCACCGUGGAUACCAGGGAGGUGGGGCCAAACAUGAGGGAGUGCACCUUCAAUGUGCUCACACCUGGGAGGCUUUACACCAUCACCGUGACAACCAGGAGCAGGAACCUGAACGCCUCGGUGUCUGUGGACGGGCGGACAGUUCCCAAGGCGAUGCAAGCCUUCAGUCUGAGAAGCUCUGGCGUCAGCAGCCUCCGGGCAUCAUGGGAAAAACCACCAGGAGACGUGGACUCGUACACGCUGACUCUGCUGCAGGACAGUGUUGUUGUUCAGAACUACAGCGUCCCUGUUGGCUCUUCUUCUCUGCUGCUGGCUGGGUUGACCCCUGGCGCCCUCUACAGGCUGCAGGUGGUCACUGUCAGCGGGGGGCUGCAGUCUGACAGCACCGACCUGGAGGGACGCACCACCCCGGCGUCGGUGUCCGAGGUAACCGUCGCAAACGGUGGCAGGUCGGACGCUCUGCAGGUGACGUGGCGCCCAGCAGAGGGCGUGGUGGACAGCUACCGGGUCCGUCUUCAGGACAGGAAUCGAACCAUCCACACUCUGGCCGUGUCCCGCACCUCGCUGCCCGAGUGCUCCUUCAGCUCAUUGGUCGCUGGGCGACUGUACUCGGUCGUCAUAGUGACGAGGAGCGGCAGCCUGGAGAACGCCACCACGAUUCAAGCACGAACACAACCGGCGACUGUUCAAAACCCAACAGCUGUUCACUCUGCCAGAGACGACUUCCUCAAGGUGUACUGGCGUCACGCAGCUGGAAAUCUGGACCGUUACGUGGUUCUGAUCCGUUACAACCACAGCACGCUGCAGAACAAGAGCGUCUCCGCCGGAGACAACGAGUGCGUAUUCUCAUCUCUGACGCCGGGGAGACUGUACACUGUCACCGUGGAAACCUGGAGCGGAGACUAUGUCAGCAGCGUCUCCACCGACGGACGCACCUUUCCAGCAGCUGUUGGCAAUCUGUCGCUAGGCAACGCAGGAACAGGUGAUCUGACGGUCACCUGGAGCCCCGCCCCCGGAGAUGUGGACCACUAUGAGGUCACUCUGCUCUUCAACGACACUCGAGUUUUCCCUCCUGUCGCAUUGGGCAGCGAGGCGCGGCGCCACCAGCUGACCUCUCUGACCCCCGGGCGGCUUUAUAAGAUUGUGGUGUCGACGUUCAGCGGACCGAACCAGAGAGCGCAGUUCAUCGAGGGACGGACAGUUCCCAGCUCAGUGGGGAACCUCCGCCUGGCUCCUCGGCCGGGCCUGACCGACUCUGCUGCUGGACUUUUGGUCUCCUGGACGUCUGGACACGGAGACCUGGACAUGUACAUCGUCUCUCUGUCCACCAGGGAUGGCGCCAUCAUUGAGACUCGCCCUGUCCCUAAACACGUCACCUCCCUGGACUUCCUGGAUCUGAUUCCAGGUAACGCCUACACCUUGACUGUCCAGUCACUGAGCGGGAAGCUGUUCAAUACCAACACAGCCACUGGCAGGACCGCUCCAGCCAGAGUCACAGCCCUGCAGGCAGAUAACGACCACACCACUCACAGUCUGACCGUUAGCUGGGAACGGCCAGUGGGCGUGUACGACGGCUACAGCCUGCAGUUAUUGGACGAGGCCGGCGUCGUUCUGGCAAAUCGGUCGGUUACUAUGGUGAGCCGAAGCGAGCGUCUGGAGGGUCUGACGUCAGGAAAGUGGUACCGCGUGAGGGUGGUGACGCUCAGCGGCGGCGUCCCGUCACUGGAGGCCACAGCAGAGGGACAAACACGUCCGGCAGCAGUCAGCAAUCUAACCGUCACCUCGGCCAACACCUCCUCUCUCUCCUUCUCCUGGCGACCCUCGGACGGCCACGUCGAAAUCUACGACCUGUCGCUUUACAGCGUCGCCGAGGCAACAGCCAAUCACAAACAGGACGCGGCAGGGAGCAGGAAGGAGCAUCACCAGACUGCGGGGGAGCUGGUGGACCUGCAGAAGGUCGGUCCAGCUGCAGACAGAUGUGUGUUCUCCGGACUGCGAGCAGGAAGUCUGUACAGACUGCAGGUGGUGAGCUGGAGCAGAGGAAUGAACAGCGACUCAUCUGUACUGGCCAGAACGGUCCCGCCCUCGGUUUCGUCUCUUCAGGUCCAGAGUGAAGGACGGACGGACAGACUGACGGUCAGCUGGCAGCACGGAGAGGGAAGCUGGAGCAGCUAUCAGGUGGUAUUGUACGAUGUUUCUGGAGCCACUCUGGGAGCACAAACGCUCGGGGCCAAGUACACGAGUCACAUGUUCUCUGGGCUGGUCCCUGGUAGGCUGUACCGCGCUGAGGUCAUCACACACAGCGGGGAACUGACCAAUAACAUCUCAGCGUUCGGACGCACCGCUCCAGAGCUGCCCACCCACCUGUCCGUCAAACAAGGCCCGACCAAUGACACGAUAGAGCUGUCGUGGUCUGGCCCCGCCUCCGGGGACUACGACAGCUUCAGCCUGCAGUGGACGCCUCCAGACCGCCUGUCGGUCACGCAGACUCACCUGACCAGCCGCAUCCUGGCCGGGAUGUUUCCGGGACGACGGUACAACUUCACCGUGGCGACCAUCAGCGGGGGCGGGGCUAGAGGCGGGCCCACAGUCAUAAGCCAGCCAAUCCAGAGGAGCGUCAGGACAAGUCCCUCUCCACUGAAGUCCAUCCACUGCUUCCCUGUCUCGUCCUCCUCCCUCUCCUGCUCCUGGUCGCACCCUCAAUCCGACUUUGACUCCUACGAGGUCGAGUGUCGUCGCCACGACGACGGGGAGCUGACCUCGGCGCUGCGGCUAGCCGGGGGCGUCACCGCGGUAACGCUGGACCACCUGGAGGCGUACAGGAAGUACUCUGUGAUGGUCAGAGUGUCGUCAGCCGGACAGACGAGUCCACCGACGACACACACAACCGUCACCAUGAUAGACCGCCCUCCGGUCCCGCCCAUCAGCGUACGUGUCAGUGAGAAGUCGUCGAAGGUCACGUCGUCCUCCAUCUUAUUCCGCUUCAACUGCUCCUGGUUCAGCGACGCCAACGGAGCCGUCAGAUACUUCACCGUCGCCGUGGCCGAGUCUGAUGCCAAUGAGAUCCUGCAGCCGGAGCAGCGCCACCCGCUGCCCUCCUACCGCGACUACAUCAGCAACUCCUCCGUCAGAGUGUAUCAGACCGCCUACUUCCCCAGCCGCUGCCCGCAGGACGCCGACUCCUCCGCCGGACAGGUGGUGGAGGUGAACCUCGGGGCCGGAGGGGACCGGCUGGGCGGGGGCUGUGAUCGUUACCAUGACGACGACCUCUACCUGAGCGACAGCUACGGCGGCUUCUGUGACGGGCCGCUGAAAGCCAAAACCUCCUACAGGCUGAGUGUGCGAGCGUUCACCAGACUGUUUGAUGAAAACCAAAGAGAGUUUCCUCAGCCACUCUUCACCGACACUUACCUGUCCUCACCGCUCAGGACGCACGCAGAGCCUUUAGGGGGCGUGGUGGAGGGUCUGAGUGCCGGGAUGUUCCUGAUCGGUAUGAUGGUGGCCGUCGUCUCCCUGCUGGUCUACAGACAGAGGCUACGCAAAGUGGCUGUGCAGGAGAACCCGGUGGUGAGGAUGAGUAUGUGGAAGGAGGUUCCAGCUUCAGGAUUAUAUAUGGGUGUCAGGAGCAAUCGUCGGGUGACCAGUCCCAUCAAAGCCUGCCACUUUGAGUCCCAUCUGAACAAACUGCAGGCCGACUCCAACUACCUGCUGUCUGAGGAGUUUGAGGAUCUGAAGGAUGUGGGCCGCAACCAGACGAUGGACGUCGCCCGUCUGCCAGAGAACCGAGGAAAGAACCGCUACAACAACAUCCUGCCAUAUGAUUCUACCAGAGUGAAGAUGUCGUACCUGGAGGACGACCCCUGCUCCGACUACAUCAACGCCAGCUAUGUACCAGGUAACAACUACCGCAGGGAGUACAUCGCCACCCAGGGCCCGCUGCCCGGCACCAAGGAUGAUUUCUGGCGGAUGGUGUGGGAGCACGGCGUCUACAACGUUGUCAUGGUGACACAGUGUGUGGAGAAGGGACGGGUGAAGUGUGAUCAGUACUGGCCUGCAGACAGAGAGCCUCUGUACUACGGUGACCUGGUCAUUCAGAUGCUGUCAGAGUCCGUCCUGCCCGAGUGGACCAUCAGAGAGUUCAAGAUCACCUCGGAGAGCAGCCGCAGUUACCCUCGGGUGCUGCGUCACUUCCACUACACUGUGUGGCCCGAUCAUGGCGUCCCAGAGAGCACCCAGUCCCUGAUCCAGUUCGUGAGGACGGUCCGGGACUACGUGGACCGAUCACCCAGCACCGGAGCCACCGUCAUACACUGCAGUGCUGGUGUUGGCCGCACAGGGACGUUCAUGGCCUUGGAUCGGGUUCUGCAGCAGCUGGACUCUAAAGGAACCAUAGACCUGUACGGCUGUGUGUUCGACCUCCGCCUGCACCGCCAGCACAUGGUCCAGACUGAGUGCCAGUAUGCCUUCCUGCACCAGUGUGUACGGGACGUCCUGAGAGCCAGGAAACAUCGCAGUGAACAGGAGAAUCCUCUCUACCCCAUCUAUGAAAACUUCAACCCCGAGUACUGCCGCGAUUUCAUCUACAACGGACGCUGAACAGACGAUCAACAGGAGAGACUUUACUGCGUUAAUUAUUCAAACUAUCUGAGAAAACAACGUUUGACACUCAGAAAAAAACAAAGAAGAUUGUAUAAAGAAAACACGUAAAUGAUAUCAGACAUUCUUGACUUAUGUUAAACGUCCAUAAACUCAAUAAAAACAAACUGAAGCAUUAAACUUUAAUUAAAACUUUAUAUGUUUGCUGGAAUUACAGGCAAACUUUUUAAAUUAGAUAAUUAAUAUAUUGUUAAAUUUGUGACUUUUUAAAAUCCAACGUAGCAUUUGGACUCAGAUAAAUUUUAACAUAUUUCCAUUAAUUAAUGUGGUUAAUGAUUUUUAUUACGGGUUGAUCUCAGGUCAUUGGUGGUUAUUAAAACCUGAUGUUAGCUAGUGGUGAAAGCCUGCUAGCUAUCAUCAAUAAAACGGACUGAUCACAGGGAAGGAAAGAGCCAUCUAUUUUUUCUAUUAUACCUACGUUCUCACUCACUGCUCUAUAUAAGCUGUUUAUUUAAAAAGUUACACAUAUUGCUGUAUGUAAAUAUUGAUGUAAUACUCUUUUUUAAUGAUGAUAAUGAACAUUUACUGUAUGUCAACUAUUUUUAUCCUGUGUAAUAUUGAGAUAUUUGUAGCUGUAACUGAUUAUAAGCUGCUGUAUUCAGACUUUACCUGUAACUUCUGCUUUUAAAUUGUUUAUUUCUAAUAUGAGAAACACACUAAAAGUCACAUUAUUUCAUAAAUUUGGUGAUAAAAUGUUUAAACUUAAUAAGUUUAAGAGAAAAGUCUGAAUACAAGGCCUGAACGCCCCAUUUUUUAUUUUUAAAAUGCAUUAAAUGAUGAAAUUUGUGAUGUUAAAAGAAAAUAAAUCAGAUUUUUUUAAGUUUGAAAAGUUCACAUUUGCAAUUUGAACAUUAUUAAAUAUUAUAAAUAUUUAAUAAACCCUCUUUUCUUUCUGUUUGACUCGACUGCUGGAGGAUUUUCAGGGUUUUUAAAUGUGUUGUAUUGAUUUAUUUCUGAGGACAUAAUGAUCAUUGGUUUUUAAUCACUGAAAGGAAAACAGGGCUGGGCAAUUAAUCAAUAUUAUUGAUUUAUUAUAAUGUCAUCAUAUGAUGAUAUUAUAGCUUGUUUUAUUUGUAUUUAAAGACUAACAGAAUUAGUAAUUAAAAGGUUGAUUAUUAUAUGUAUGAUUAAGCAUAUCUGUCUUAUAGUGAUAUAUAUUCAUUUCAGAAAUAUAUUUUAUUGAUAUUAUAUUAGCCGGCCCUUGGAGAAUGUAAAGCACUUUUUAUAACUUGCUGUCAGAUAAACUGGAUUAUUAAACGCUGCCAGAUA